AUGAGCGGCUCGAAUCUCCCGGACGCGCAUACGCAGGUGCAGGUUUCCAGCGAAGCCGCCGACAACUUCAUCAACACGUACUACCAGGCCAUCAACAGCAAGUCCAACCUGCAAAACUUCUACGUCAACUCGUCGCCGCGGUACCCGAAGCCCGCCGACAUCUCCAUCAACGGGCAGGUCCUCGCCUUGCCCGCCGACUACCUGGCCCUCAUCGAGGCCCAGGGCAGCGGCGUGCACUAUGACGUCGAGUCGCUCGACGCGCACGUACUGAACCCGUCCUUUACCGUGGGUAUGCCCGAGAAGCUGAACGACGCGGAGCGCGCCGAGCGCGCCGGCUCCCGCAUGAGCCUGGCGGUGACGGCGGUCGGCCGCGUGCGCUUCGGCCGCGGCAAGGAGGCGCCGCAGAAGAUGUUCAACGAGACGUUUGUGCUGGUGCCCAACUGGGACGCCCUGGCGCGGAACCCGCCCCGCGGCCUCAAGAAGUGGCUGAUCAUGUCGCAAAACUUUCGCGCUCUGUGA